AUGAUCCAAUCACAGCAACCAACUACCUCUGCUGAGGCAGAAGCUGAUCAACUCUCUUGGGAAGAAACGGUACUUGGUCGAUCUCCGUCCGUCUCUAAUCUUCGUGUUAGUGAAUGUCGACGCCGUCUUUCAAGCGCGUGUUGGCUUAAUAUCAUUCUUCUCGCCGCAUUGAUGAUCGCCGUUGCGGUGAUUCUCUAUUUUCUUAUACAACCCAACAUUCAAGCCCGUAACUAUCAAGCUCAAACAAUUGUGAACACAUUUUGUGGUACAGUCCAGGGUUUUCUGGACUCGGAUGGAAUUGUCUCUUUUCUGGGCAUCCCGUACGCUCUCCCCCCAAUCGGACAGUAUCGAUUCAAACGACCAGUCGAGUUGACCACAAGAGAAUUGUGCAAACAAGCCUGGAGUGAAAAUGGCUCUGAACCCGUUCAUCCCGUGACACAUUAUAAACCUCCAUGCAUGCAACUUGAACCGCUCACAGAUAAGCUGGUUGGAGAAGAAGAUUGUUUAUAUGUGAAUGUAUUUGUCCCCAGUUCCGGUCAGUCCUCUACUUCGGAUACGGCCAGACCAGUGAUUGUACAACUGAGCGGUUUAUUUUUUCUCUACGGUGGUUCAGCUUCAGGAUUGUCAGUCGCGGCCGGGCAACAACCGCACGCGCAAACAAUUCGAAGUGUGGAUGCAAUUCAUGUGACUUUUAAUUACAGAAUUGGUCCACUUGGAUUUUUGACUCAUCCCCGUGUAAAACAACCCAAUCUAGGUUUGUAUGAUCAACUGGCUCUGUUACGCUGGAUACGUAAUAAUGUCGGCGCUUUCGGCGGGGAUCCCACUCGUGUUACGCUGUUUGGUUACGGUUCUGGAGCUACCUGUGCACUGGCACUUUCACAAAGUUUACUCGGUCAUAGUUUAUUCGAUCGAUUGUGGGUAACUGCCCCGGCAUUAGGACUUCCCAAACUCACCCUCAAAGAAGCCAUUACACAUUCUGAGAAGUUGUUUCAAUGUAGUUCAAGUUCAGGUGCCAGUUGUGACGCGGGCUAUUUGAACGAUGCACCUAGUGUGGUGCGUCUAUGGAAGUGGACAAAUGUCGAAUCAUGGCUCAAGAAGGGACUAUUCAGUCUUCCUGAUCUGACCAGUAGUAACGCGAAAACGGUCGAUGAGGCCAGCCCUGGGUUCGAUCGGAUCCUUGUGGAUGACGGCAAUCUGGUCGACACCAGACGUUGGUACAAUCCGACUUACGCAGUGCCCACUGUGAUUGGACAGACUGGGCAUGAGGCCGCGCUCUACUUGGCUCCAGUCACCGUCCCAUUCUGGGAUGAAACAUUCUACCAACAGUAUUUACUGGGUCGUCUGGCUCAGGGAGAUUCAUCAAAAACNCGCUUUGCGCUGACCGAUCCGACGUGCUCUAAUCGGAGCCAGCCAAAACAAGCGUUCGACGUGGAAGCUCAUCUAACUGCAUUGAUUACCGAUGCACGUUACACAUGCCCUUUAACCCAAGUAGUUCGACUAUGGUUAGGACAAGGUCAACCAAUCUAUCGAUACUAUUUGAUUAGUACUCAUCGACGAUUUGAUCCGUACGCGUUAUCCUCGUUUGUAUCACUGGCUUUCCAUGGAUGGGAUGGAAUGCUCUAUCUGCGGGGCUAUUUGACUCACCCCGACUAUCGUAAUUCCGGCCUGAUCGCAUCCGGUGUGGAUGAGAUGGAGGAGUUAGUGCAAAUGAGUCACGUGUUAAAUAAGGCAAUGCACGAGUUUGCACGCAGUGGCCGAAUUCGCCAAUGGAAACAAAGCGAACCGGACUGGGAUCACGUGAACUUGAUUGAUCAAGGCCAAGUGUGCCGACCGUGGAAAUUUCUCGAACAAAGAUGUAAAGUGUGGGAACAUUUAUCAAACAGUGAUGACCUGCUUCAUUUUGCUUGGCCAGUAUGA